AUGGAUUCCAUCUACUCGGCCCAGAACAAGCUUAGGCAGGACUUGGGCCUGACCAAAGUCAUCGCAGUCCCCAACAAGAACUACAAACCUCACGGCACCAAGUCCUAUGUCUAUCUGCUCAACCGAUUCGGCUUCGAGCCCACCAAGCCCGGUCCAUAUGGCCAUGUCAACCGCAUCCACCAGCGAGGACUUGCCAACCAGAAAGUGGCUGUCGGCGGACGCGUGAGCAUGAAAAGGGUUCUCGUCAAGAAGGACGGACCUGAUGGCGAGUAUCAGGGCGAGGUCACCGCUGAAGAUGUCCAGAAUGAUUCCAUGUACCUUUGCGAGGUUGAGAUCGGUGAGCCAGCGCAGACAGUCAGGCUUGACUUUGAUACCGGCUCAUCGGAUCUCUGGGUCUUCUCCCCCAAGCUUGACACUCAACUCCAGCAGAACCACAACAUCUAUGACCCCAGCAAGUCCUCCACGUUCAAGACCUCCGACGACCAGACAUGGCAGAUAUCGUAUGGUGACGGCAGCUCGGCUUCUGGUGAGGUUGGGUAUGAUACCGUGACCAUCGGUGGCCUCAAGAUCCAGAACCAAGCUGUCGAGAUGGCCGACAAGCUUGCCGACCAGUUCGCUCAAGGCACCGGCGACGGCCUUUUGGGUCUCGCGUUCCCGGCGAUCAACACCAUCAAAAAGAAUGGACAGCCAGACCCACAGAACACACCGGUUGCCAACAUGAUCUCGCAAGAGGACAUUCCCAAGGAGGCUGAGCUAUUCACGUCCGCGUUCUUCAGUUCUCGGGACCAGGAUGCCAAGUCGUUCUAUACCUUUGGUUACAUCGACCAGGAUCUCGUCAAGUCUUCGGGCCAGGAUGUUGUAUGGACUGACGUCGACAACUCUCAAGGCUUCUGGAUGCUCCCAUCCACCUCUGCCACUAUCAACGGCGACAAGAUUGCCCUCGCUGGCAACAAGGCCAUUGCAGACACUGGCACCACUCUUGCUCUUGUUUCCGACGAGGUCUGCGAGGCUUUGUACAAGCAGAUCCCGGGAGCCAAGUACGAUGCCCAGCAACAGGGAUAUGUCUUCCCCACGAGCGUCACGAACGAUCAGCUCCCAGAGUUCUCUGUUGCCAUCGGCGCCCAUGAGUUCGUCAUACAGAAGGAAGACCUGGCAUUUGCCCAGGCGGACGCCCAGCACUGGUAUGGCGGAGUCCAGUCGCGGGGAGACAAUCCCUUUGACAUCCUUGGCGACACGUUCCUGAAGUCCGUCUACGCUAUUUGGGAUCAAGGAAACAAUCGAUUCGGAUGCGUUCCCAAGAUCGAGAAGACACAGAAUCUGGGGACGAGCACUUCUGUCUAG